CAAAUACCCUUUAGUUUGGUAAAAAACUGCUUCAUAUUAAUUUUUUUACAUUAUUGUCAGUCAGUAUUCCAUUUGAAAUCAGUCUGGCGUGUUCAUAAUGAUGGAGGACGAAGCACUUUCACGGAUACAGCACACCAAACGACAAUCUAGCGAUGACAGUCCGACAAAAACAGAUCAUAAAUCCUAUCAACUAAACAGAGAAUCAAAAUACGACAAAACCUUUUCUAGAGAUCAGCAAAAGCCCACAGAAACAGAGGCGAAAUCAAGUARUGCACCUCAACGAACUAUAUCAAGUACUUCAUCGGAGCUCCUGGACGAUAGUGGACUUUCUAUAUUAAGCAUUUCUGAUGUAGAAGAAGAGACUCAUGAUAACGAAGAAUGUAAAGCAAAAACACAAACCAUAAAGAAAGAUGGCGGCGGYGACGAGGAAGGAACGUACGAGGAACUCGUUUGUCUUGUGCGACAAUUUUAUGUAGAAAAACCCAUCAAUCCGGCGGCAUUGGCGCAUCAAAACAUUGAAACUUGUUAAACUUAUAUUGGAGCAUAUAUGAUGACACGGCAUACAUAUAACACACAGGAAAGUUUCAUAUUCAAAACUGCCUUCAAGUCACAAAUCAGAAACUUGACGUGUUACAAGGCAGAAUGGUCCGAAAAAUUGUAUUCUGCUACCUGCAGGCAAAGCUGAAUACAUAAACAAAAGUACAUUUAUGAACAAGCAGUUCUCAGCAUCAGUCUUUUGUAAGGAUUGUUCCUUAAAGGGACAAUUAUGUAAAAACUUUCAGUAGCAAACCUCUUAAAAGAGAUUAUUACUUGGAGCUAUUUUCCAUUAGUGGAGCCUGAGAGAAACGCAUCAGGUCCACUGACGUUAAUUAAAUUCACGCACAAUAAAAAGUAUAUAAUCUUUA